UCUCCUUGUCUAUAAAAGGAGAAGCUCCCGAAACACAUGAGUACUUGUGAGCUUUAGAAGAGAAAACAAAGAGAAUCUUUAAACUGCAUAUUCUCUAGCUCUUACUUUCCUUCUCCUGCUUCAGUCAAGAAAAAAUGGAUGAGAAGAUGGGUUGGGCAGUUUCUGAUGCUGUUGACUACAAAGGAUUUCCUGCUGACAGGUCCAAGACUGGUGGUUGGGUGCCUGCUGCACUUAUUCUAGGGAUCGAAAUAUGUGAGAGGCUUUCGACUAUGGGAAUAGCAGUGAAUCUUGUGACAUAUUUGGUUGGAACAAUGCAUCUUCCAAGUGCUGCUUCAGCCAAUACUGUUACUGAUUUCAUGGGCACAGCCUUUCUCUUGUGUCUGCUAGGAGGCUUUCUUGCUGAUUCUUUCCUAGGAAGAUACAAGACCAUUGCCAUUUUUGCCAUAAUACAAGUCAUGGGUACUGGCAUGUUAGCAAUGACAACCAAACUGCCACAGCUUCGCCCCCCGCCUUGUCACGGUUCAGUAUGCAAACAAGCAAAUGGAUUCCAAAUGGGAAUUCUGUACUUAGCUUUGUAUCUAAUUGCAUUAGGUACUGGUGGCCUGAAAUCAAGUAUUUCAGGCUUUGGAACUGAUCAAUUCGAUGAGAAAGAUGAGAAGGAGAAGGCUCAAAUGGCCUAUUUCUUCAACAGGUUCUUCUUCUUGAUUAGCCUGGGAACUCUAAUGGCGGUCACUGUGCUCGUUUAUAUUCAGGAUGAAGUUGGUAGAAGCUGGGCUUAUGGGAUUUGUUCUGUGUCAAUGUUUAUUGCUAUUCUGGUAUUCUUCUCUGGGACUAAAAGGUAUAGAUACAAGAAAAGCUUGGGAAGUCCUAUAGUUCAAAUUUUCCAAGUUAUUGCAGCUUCAAUCAAAAAGAGGAGCAUGGAUCUCCCUUUCAGUGUUGGAUCAUUAUAUGAGGAUUCUCCUGAGGCUUCAAGAAUUGAUCACACAGAUCAGUUCCACUGCUUGGACAAGGCGGCUAUAGUUGCAGAAGGAGAUUUUGAGAAAAAUGAACCAAACCCAUGGAAGCUAUGCUCUGUGACAAGAGUGGAGGAAGUGAAAAUGAUGAUAAGAUUACUACCAAUUUGGGCUACAACCAUCAUAUUCUGGACUACUUAUGCACAGAUGAUCACCUUCUCAGUGGAGCAAGCAACUACAAUGGAAAGGUCAAUUGGGAGCUUCCAAAUUCCUGCAGGAUCUCUCACAGUCUUCUUUGUUGCAGCAAUCUUGAUCACUCUCGCUGUCUACGACCGCCUGAUCAUGCCCUUCUGGAAAAAAUGGAAAGGCAAACCAGGUUUCACAAAUCUUCAGAGAAUUGCCAUUGGCCUUGUGCUGUCAUCCUUUGCAAUGGCAGCAGCCGCACUAGUCGAGAGAAAACGUUUAUCCGUGGCGAAAUCAGUGAAUGGCAACAGAUCAACUCUCCCAAUAAGUGUAUUCCUACUAAUCCCACAAUUCUUCUUUGUGGGUUCAGGUGAAGCCUUCAUAUACACAGGCCAGCUUGACUUCUUCAUAACCCAAUCCCCAAAAGGAAUGAAAACAAUGAGUACUGGCCUCUUCCUCACUACUCUAUCGCUCGGAUUCUUCCUUAGCAGCUUCUUGGUAUCAAUUGUUAAGAAAGUGACAGGAAGCAAUGGAGGGGAAGGAUGGUUAGCAGAUAACAUUAACCGUGGAAGGCUCGAUUGUUUCUAUGGGCUUCUUGCUAUUCUAAGUGCCAUAAACUUUGUUGUAUUCCUUGUUUGUGCUGCUUGGUACAAACCACAGAAACCCAGACCUGAAAUGCAGAUGAAGACUCUUGGUAAUGUGUCCACUGCUGAGGGGCAGUGUUAGGGACUCACUAUAGUUAUGUUUUUCUAAAAAUAUGUAAGUUAGAAACAACUUGGUUUUAACUUUCUUGUAUCUUCUACUGUCUGUGUGUCUUCUCUCAGAAGUUUUUAGUCAAGUGGGUUUUCAUUAAUGGACAGUUAUUUUGUGUU